AUGACCGACGAAGCUCUUUCCAUCUACGAUGAAAUCGAGAUUGAAGACAUGAUCUUCGACCCAAAUCUCCAAAUAUACCACUACCCAUGCCCCUGUGGCGACAGAUUCGAAAUCGCAAUCGAUGACUUGCGCGACGGCGAAGAUAUUGCCGUCUGCCCUAGCUGCAGCUUGAUGAUUCGGGUUAUCUUUGAAGUGGUAUGCUCACUUCCUGCCUCGACUAGAUCACGAAUAUGGGACGCUGACAAUGUUCCCUACUUGCAGUCUGAUCUUCCCAAAGAUGGUAAUCAACCGGCACCAGGUGCAGUUUCCGUCCAAGCGUAA